AUGAGGCGAUGCGCCCUCAUUGCAGCCGCGGCGACGUCGACGCAUGCCACCACCACCAGCGUCUCCACGGCAGCCGCUGGUGUGUGGCGGUGGGGCGCGAGGCGUUGCUGCCGUCAACACGGUGACGGUCGUAAGUCAUACCGCAGCGCGACUUCCUUCCAACUGCAGCCGCAUGAGGUGAAUGCGGCAAAUGUCCCAUCGGCGCGGGAGGUGCUGGCGAUGAUUCCCUCGCGAGAGGAGUUGCAGCGGCAGUUGCCGUCCGCCCGGGAGCUGGAGGCGCAGUACGUCCAGCCACCGCGGGCGGAGGCGCGGCCCGCAACGAGGCAGGAUGAACCGCCGCUGUGGCCAAACAGCGACACAGUGGAGGAGAUCAUGGACGAGGAGCGCUACGGUAGCGGGGAGGGGAAGGAUGUGGUGCCGCCGCCGUCGCCCGAGCACAUUUUGCUGGCCUGGCGGGCACUGCUGUGGGGCUCGCUGUACGCCGUUGUUGGGGUUGUCGUCGUGGCGUGUGUGGCGAUGUACACCUGCGGAAUGCGCACCGUGGGGGAGGUGCUGGGGUACCUGCGGGGCCGGGCGGAGCGGGAGCGUCGCCGCCUCACUGCGGGGGGCGAGGAAGUGCGUUACUACGUCGUGGACCUCACCAGCCCGGCCACGCUGGUGGCGCAGGUGCGGGAGGUUUGGCACGCGCUGGAGCAGCUCGCGAAGGACGGGGAGGAGGGCGAGCACAGCGAGGCGCAUGGGCGUCCAGUGUGA